AUGGCCCGUCUUCAAAUUCCGCUUGACGCCUUGACUUCGCGCCUCAACCUGUCCGACAGGUUUGCGGGAGUUCGCGCCCAGUCUCUCACUUCCCGCUUCUCCAAUCUCAGACCAAUCUCUGAAUUUUUGGAUAUUAAGAGGGUUUCCAAGCCUGCCAACUUCAGCGAAGUCCAGAGCCGUGUCAAUUACAACUUGAGCUACUUCUCCAGCAACUAUGCCGCCGUCUUUAUCAUGCUCAGCAUAUACAGUCUACUCACGAACCUCAUACUCCUCUUCGUCAUUCUCCUUGCCAUUGGCGGCUCAUACGGAAUCGGUAGGCUGGAGGGGCGGGAUUUGGAAGUCGCCGGCUUCCGUGCUACAACAUCGCAACUAUACACCACGUUACUCAUUAUCUGGGCACGAGUGGGGAGAUCGAAAAAGGAGGGUUGGCCGGAGCAGCUGGAGGAGUCUGUUCGGAUAGAACAGCUGGGUAUUGACGACUAUGACGAUGACGAAGACGAUGAAAACGAAGGUGUUCUCUUAGGGCCGCCGUUCGAUCCAGGCCGGUUUCAUAACAGUAAUAUGCGCCCAAUGUGCCCUGGUACGUAUCCUGGUGUGCGCCGAAAAGGAAAUAAUUAUGAUUUUGACGACGAUGAAGUUUGUGGGGAGGAGUACUCGAGCGGUGACGAUGACCAAAGCGAACAUGGUCUUGUUGGAGAGGACCCCAAUAGUACAAUGGCCUAUGCUAUGCAGCUGGCACGGCGGGAUCAGCAGGCAAUGCUCGUCGAGCGGGCCUUGGGCAAAAUAAGGCGAGCGCAAAUGCAAGGGCAAACAAAGGUCAUGCUUUCGCAGCGGGAACUUGAUGCAUUGGAAAAGAAGAGGCAGCAGGAUGGCAAGGUCAACGGUUCUAAACCGAAGGACAGUAGUGGGCAACCAGUCAUCGAGAACAAACCUAUAGCAUCGGAUAAACGAAUACCGGGUGGAUAUGCUUCUUCCACUGGUUCUCCCAGAUUCCGUUCGCCGACUGUUGAACCCUCGAGCCCUUCCUCACAGAAGCCUCGUUCGCGUGCACCCUCGAUAAAAUCAAGCAGGAUGUCACAUCAUAUGGAUGCAUCACCUCGUAACCAACAUCCACCGAUGUACCCGCAGCCCCUUCCAUAUUUCGUUCCGCAAGAGCCAACUGUUCGGCCAGGUUCCUCUUCAUACCAAUCAAACCCGCGUUCUGGCUCCAGCUCGAACAACCAUUCAGCAUAUCCACCCCAUCACCAUCCCUCGCCCUAUUAUACAUAUCCCUUGCCUGCCACAGAUACCCGCUACGGGUAUUCGACGCAUACCCACCGAAGCGCCCCACCGCCACAUAUAGACGCGACCUACCAACCCAUCUAUCGCGCUAUGUCUGGCGACUCGUACAUGAUAAACCACUCAUCCUCCGAUCCUUUCAUUGUGCAGCAUGCUUCGCGCCUCUGCGAGUCUCCGCGAUCCAUGCGCAGGAGCAGCGGGAGCAGUAGCAGUGGCGACAAUGGUGUGCACAACAUUUCUGUGGCUGAGAGCCCGAGCGUGCCAGUAGGGUCUGAGAAGAAAGUCUCAAGUGGUAGUGGUAGCGGUCACGGGCGUAUCCGCCGUCGAAAGCGUCGUCAUUAA